CUUCAUAAGUAGCAAAUUAACAUAAUACUCGGAAAAGGGUUUUUCAAUUCCCAAAUUAAAAUUCUAGGGUUUCGAUUUCUACCGGAAAUUCAACACUCGAUCGGAAGAUAAUCACCGAUUCGCAACAAAUCAUCGAAGAAUCUCCGAUUCACAACAAUCGGAUUGCUGAAAUCAGGUACUCAAGAGAAAAUGGGUGCGAAUCAGCAAUAUACAAGAAUAGAUACAUUAGAGCUAAAAGCUCUUUUACAUCAAAAGAUCGGACAACAAAGAUCAGAGAAAUAUUUCAACUUGCUAAACAAACUAUUCAGUCUCCAGCUCAGCAAGAGCGAUUUCGACAAAUUCUGCAUUCGUACCAUCGGGCGGGAAAAUCUCCCUCUUCACAAUCGAUUAAUUUCAUCGAUCGUAAGAAACGCCGCACUAGCUAAAGUUCCACCACCAACAGUGAAAAAGUUAGCAAACUCUCUCAACGUCAAAGUUUCACGGGCCCCACAAAGGAACAGUCUUCAGACGCUUUACGGAGAUGCAUUUCCUUUAUCACCUCGCAAGAGCCGAUCUCCACGAUCCCCGAGAGACCGCAAAUUUAAGGAUCGGUUUAGUCCUCUUGGGCCCAACGGGUCGAAGGUGCACCAGGAGGCCCAUCAAAGCCCAACUGAACUACAUUCUCUCGGUAGCAGACCGCCUGUUGAAGUUUUAUCUGUUGAAGACGGUGAAGAAGUGGUUUCCGGAAGUCCCGGGAUUCAAAGCAGAAGCCCGGUUACGGCUCCUCUUGGUAUUACUUUGAAACUGGGCCCGGCCCGGAAAAUGAUACACCAUAGUAGUAGUUCUCGACCCCGGUCUCAUACAUGUGAGAACAGCUACGAGUUACCUGAUAGUAGAUCUUUGAGGGGUCGUUUGAAGGAGAAACUCGACCCUGAGGGGCUAAGUAUUUCAGACGACUGUGUUAAUUUGUUAAACGUCGGUUUGGAUGCAUACUUGAAGAGAUUGAUGGAACCUUGUAUCGGGCUGCUUGCCCGGUCGAAGAUCGGUAGAGCCGCACCUGGGUCGUAUAGGCAAAGGCUAAGGACACCAGCAGUGUCGGUUUUGGAUUUCAACGUUGCGAUGGAGUGUGAUCCAAGUAAACUUGGAACAGAUUGGGCAACCCGAUAUGAGAGGUUGUGUUUUAGCGCGUUUAAGUAAUAAAAUCGCCGUUGAGGUGAUGUGAGGUGAUUCUUAGUUUGCAGGGCGUCUUUUGAUAUUUGUCUCUGUUUUGUUUAUGGGGACUAUGAAGUUUCAAUGGUUUAUUAGUUUCAAGUCUUGUAUAGCAUUUAUUCAAGUUGUCGGUUUCGUUGUGUGUUAUCCUCGUGGACUUUUGUUCAUUUUCGGUAAUUAUUUGUUCAUUUGACGA